UAUAUUAAUUCAAAUAGUUUUUGGGUUGCUUUGCUAAUUAAAAUAAAAGUUUUAAUUUUAGAAAGGAAAAAAAUAAUAAGAGUUUUAAUGUGGCCACUUUGAGUGUUGAAUUGCACACUCUUAUUGUACUUCUUUGCACAAUUUGUUCCGUUUGAAAUGAAAUUCAUUGCUGAUUUAAAAAAAAUAAUCUAAACAUAAGUGCUAAUGUGAGCACGAAAAUGUCUACGUUGUAUAUGUAGGUCAAAAGCGCGUUUUAUAUUUUUUUAUUACUUUAUUUAUUUUUUGUAAAAAAAAGCUAUUAGAACCUGCUUAUAUCCAUAAGUUUUGUCCAAUUGAAAUCUAUAUCCAUAAGAUCACACUCAAAGUGGAGAGUGUACAAACUUGACCUAUAUUCACUGCGCAAAUUGACAAUAGAUGUAGCAGCAAUUAGCUGUCACGAAAUAUCACUGGGGAAAGCGACGUCGAGUACUGAUGCCAAUAUAUACAGCAAAAUUAUUCUUAUCUAUCCAUUUUUUUUUAUCCCAAUUUUCUCUUACUCUUUUUUUUUAUUACAUUCAUUAUUUUUUUCCUUUUCCUUUUCUCUCUCUCUCUAUAUAUAUUAUUCUAUCAAGAAAAUGAGUAAAUUAACAGGACAUUUUAGAAGGACGACAUUAGCACGUGAAAAUAUUGUACGAGUUGACGAUAGCAGCAUAUUGCAGUAAUUAGCUGUCAUGAAAGAGACACACUCCAAAGAGAGAGAAAUCUGAGCAAGCAAGAAUGAUCAUCGUCUUGCUCAUAGUCCUAUACCUUUCUGCACCAGCACUCUCAAAACUGUGCAACCAAGACAAGCAAGUCCUCCUCCAAAUCAAGAAAGAGCUUGGCAACCCAACCAAACUCUCUUCAUGGCUCCCAACCACUGACUAUUGCGACACCAUUUGGGAAGGUGUCGCUUGUGUCAUCGACAGCAACAACCAGACAUGCCGCGUCGACAUCCUCUACCUCUCCCACCUUAACCUCCCCAAACCCUACCCUAUUCCCCCCUCCAUAGGCAACCUUCCCUACUUGAAUUAUCUUUACCUCAUUAACACAAACUUCUGCGGCGCAAUCCCCUCUUCCAUCGCUAAUCUCACCAACCUCAAUUAUCUCAACAUCACAUACACCAAUGUCUCUGGCACAAUACCAGAUUUCUUGUCCCAUAUCAAAACCCUAGUCAGCAUUGACUUCUCUUACAACAACCUCUCCGGCAACCUCCCUGCCUCGCUCUCCUCGCUCCCCAACCUCGGCGAAAUGAUCUUCACCGGCAACCGAAUCUCCGGCGCCAUCCCCGACUCCUUCGGCUCCUUCUCCGAGGAGCUCAUAUUGAUGAGGCUCUCCCGCAACCGCCUCACCGGGAAGAUUCCGGCGACGCUGGCGAAGCUGAAUCUGCGGUUCUUGGACUUGUCUCGGAACAUGCUGGAGGGUGACGCGUCGGUGCUGUUUGGGUCGGAGAAAGACACGGUGCAGAUAAAUCUGGGGAAGAACAAUCUUGCUUUUGACCUGGGGAAAGUGGAGUUUUCAGAGAUAUUGGCCAUCUUGGAUCUUAGGCAUAACCGUAUCUAUGGAACGUUACCUCAGGGACUUACGGCGCUUAAGCAUCUGACUAAGCUGAACGUGAGUAACAACAAUCUGUGUGGUGAGAUUCCGCAAGGUGGCAACUUGCAGAGAAUUAAGGUGAAUUCCUAUGCUCACAACAAGUGCUUGUGUGGCUCUCCUCUUCCCGCUUGCACUUUGGUUAAUUAACGUUGUUUUAUCAUUCAACUCACAAGUCGCAGUUAAUCCAUGUGUGACUUAUGUUUUAAUUAAUGUCAUCAAUAAUAAUGCGUAAUCUAGCUAAUGUGAAGUAUACUGCAUCAA